AUGUCCAAAAGACCAGAGAUCGAGGGUCAACCACCUGCGAAGCGUGUUAAGUUGUCCUCUGAAUUGGCAGACGAGAAGGGCACCAAGGCCGCAGAGAAGGAGGAAACCGUUGCUCGCUAUACACCAAAGAGCACGGCCAGCAUUGAGGGUCAAAUCCGAUGUUUACUCAUUGAGUAUCUCAUCUCACCUGACUUUCUCGCCAACGCUCCCCCCGCCAACUUCGUCUAUUAUCGCCCGCUGGAGGAUUUGGUCCUACCAUAUAUCGAUAUGAACCAAUAUGAUCCUCUCCAGUGAGUACCGGUUCCAGAUCUCCCGGAAAUACACAGCAGAAGACUAAUUAAUGACCUCUAGAUUCCGUCCACCUGUUCAACUCCCACAUCCUUUUUACGGCAUCAUCACCAGCCAUAUUUUCAACGUCCUGUGCGAUGUCACGACUCUCAACCAUCCUGAUAUCACGCACCUACAAUGCUGGAUGAGCACGUUUGCCAAUGCACGUCACGCGAGGGAGGAUGUGAACCAGCUUAAUCGUUGGAUGAUGCGAGGUAUCAAGUUCAAUGUUGUUGCUCUAAAUCGCAAAGGGCAACCUGUCACACGCCAAAACUGGGUCAAGGACUUUGAAGAGAAGAAGGGGCUUUAUCUUAGACGAGUUGAUGAUGUGGAUAUCAGAAUGGAACUUACCAUUCUCGAGGACCAGAUUUGGAUGGCCCAGAACGGGGUCUGCCCCAAAAUUCAGACCUCGAUGAACUGGCCUGCUCUUGUUGGUUUCGUGCGAAGUAGUGUCCAGCGGGCUUUCACAGCCAAGGGAGAGUUGGUUUCGGAUGAUGGCAAGAUUGAGGGUAUUGAUGGACGCGGUUAUGUUGAUGCGUCUGGCAUCAUGGUUAUUUGA